ACCGGCCCGGUGUGCAUCCUUUGCGGUGUUGAUGGCCACUUUGCCAACUCUUGCCCGGCCCAGUACUGUUCGUCCUGUUUAAUGCAGGGCCACACUCAAGCCAACUGCCAUCUUCGCGGUCGUCUUCGACAAGAUGGACAGAGCGAAGAUGGCAAGAAGAGUGACCCGCUGAAGGGCUUCAAGCCGCCUAAGAGUUGCUGUUUCUGCGGCAGAAGGGGCCACGUUUUUGAGGAAUGCCGUUCGCGCCAGGGUCACCGAGGCAACAGCAGACGCGAGAGGCAGAAAGCCACUUUAGCCCGUCUUGCCAGUUCUAUGACCCCAGUGACGAAGAGGAGUGAUCUAGGCGGACGGCUGUACAGGCAGAACAGGAUGGCACGCAGUCUGGACGCUGGCGGUGGGUUCGCCGGUCGUUUUGCACUCGAUAGUGAUGAUGAUGACGGUGAUGCCGACCCCAGGACCCGUAAACGUAUUGAGAGGGCCACCAAUCGAGUCGAGAGAAAACUUUUCGAAAAAGCCCUUAAACGGACUCUGGGACAGAAGAGCAAAGCAAAGAAAAAAGGUAGACACAUCUCUUCUUCUCCUCCUCCUCCUCCUACUCAUUCACUUGAUGGUCGUCUUUAG